AUGGCCAACUUCACAGCCUUUAAAGAAUACGAGCCCAGUCAAGUAGCGGCAAUCAUUUUCAUCUUUGUCUUUCUCGUUGAAUUUGUGGCACAUUCAUGGCAAAGUAUACGUGCCAAGGCGUGGUACAUGUGGCCGCUCGUCCUAUCCACUCUUCUAGAAUUUAUUGGAUACGCACUUAGAGAAUAUUGUAUCCAUAAUCGUCAUGUCAUGACGCCCUACAUCCUCAGCCAAGUCUUCAUUGUUAUGAGCCCGGCAUUCUUUGCCGCAUCAAUAUACAUGCUCGUUGGUCGCGCCAUGCUCUAUGUCGGGCAUGGUUAUUCCAUCAUUCGGCCUUCAUGGAUAACUCCCAUUUUCGUUUCCCUUGAUGUGGUAGCCAUUUGUUCACAAGGAGGUGGAUCGGGGAUCAUGUUUGGUGGGAGCUCGACUCUGGACAGAAUCAAACUAGGGCGAAACAUCCUCAUCGUAGGACUUUUCAUCCAGCUUAUUGCCUUUGUGGCAUUUCUCUUUCUCACUAUUUCAUUCGAUAUCAAAACACGUCGAGCGCUGGGCCAACAUGUCGCAAGCCUUCGUCCCCUUCUCAACGUAUUUUACUUCUCUGGCGCUCUCAUUCUCCUUCGCUCUGUCUACCGUGCAAUUGAGUUCAUGACUAUCGAUUUCGGAUCAUAUCCUCUUACGGGCUACUUCUACAACGUAGAAUGGAGCUAUUAUGUCCUUGAUGCCAUUCCAAUCGCGAUUGCGGUACUAGCAUAUAAUAUAUGGUUCCCCGCCAAGUACCUCCCAAAGAGUAAAGAAGAGCGACUUGGAAUCAAGGAAGACGGGGCUACUAUGCUCAACAACUCAUCGCUCGAGCUUCGUCAGGUUUAG